AUGAGCGUAAGGCUAAAGGACUUAGUAGAAGAGGUUGUUGCUAAGGUGUUACAACGAAUAUUUGAGAAACGACCAGAUUAUCAGAAGUACGUUUAUGCACUUGGCAAGGAACGAGCCUAUCAAAUGAGCGUAAGGUUAAAGGACUUAGUAGAAGAGGUUGUUGCUAAGAUCUUUGAUCCCGACCAUAUCUGUGCCAUUUCACGAGUCUACGGUGAAGAGCAUGUGGAACUGAAGUCAUUUGGAUUUAAACCCGACUUUUGGGUAUCGAUCGCUGAUGCCAUUACUGUUGAGGGUGUGAUUUUGGAUAUGGCCAAUCACCAGGUUUGA